GUGCAGCUGGGGGUAGGUGCUCUCCUAUAGCAUUCGGUGGGGCUGCCGGUGAAGUAGUGUUGUGGCUUGGCACAGGCAUGAAAAGCAGAGAGGGGAGGGCAGUGCCAGUGAGAGCAGAGGCGGGUCCAGGGGAAGAGCUCACCUUUCACUAGAGGAAGACAAGGUGUAGCGCUAGAGAGACCCACACAGGACUCUGGAGCAGAGCUACUCCCCUGUCAGGACCUCCUCCUCCUGCAUCCCUUCCUGACUUGCUCUCCGACUACUGAGUGCACUUCUCUCCGAAUCGCCCCCGACCGUGGGCUGGAUUAGCCGGGGUUCCGCCAGGGUUCUAGAACCCCGCGAGUGUUCGGGCUCAGUUGCAGGGUGCAGCCACCAUGGACAGCGCGCACGCCAAGUCGGUGACCGAGGUGCUCCGACACUUCGAGGUGAAUGAGAGUUGCGGACUGACCGCUGAGCAGGUCCGGAGGGGCAGAGAGAAGUAUGGACCUAACGAGUUACCUGCUGAAGAAGGGAAGUCUCUUUGGGAACUUGUAAUAGAGCAGUUUGAAGACCUCUUAGUUCGAAUUCUUCUCCUUGCUGCAUUUGUUUCAUUUAUAUUGGCCUGUUUUGAGGAGGGUGAAGAAACAACAACUGCGUUUGUGGAACCAAUAGUUAUAUGUAUGAUCCUUAUUCUCAAUGCGUUUGUAGGAGUAUGGCAGGAGAGAAAUGCAGAAAGUGCUAUUGAAGCCUUAAAAGAGUAUGAGCCUGAAAUGGGAAAGGUGAUUCGUGGAGACCGAAGUGGAGUGCAGCGCAUCAGGGCCCGAGAUAUCGUUCCUGGAGACAUUGUAGAAGUGGCAGUUGGAGACAAGGUUCCAGCCGAUAUCAGAAUAAUUGAGAUUCGAUCUACAACACUACGAGUGGAUCAGUCUAUUUUAACAGGAGAGUCUGUUUCGGUCAUAAAACAUACAGAUCCCAUUCCAGAUCCAAGGGCCGUUAAUCAGGACAAGAAGAAUAUGCUUUUUUCAGGAACAAAUAUAGCUGCUGGUAAAGCUGUCGGGAUUGUUAUUGCAACUGGCGUCUUCACAGAGAUUGGAAAGAUCAGGAACCAGAUGGUGGCAACAGAGCCAGAAAAGACACCUCUACAGCAGAAACUUGAUGAAUUUGGCCAACAACUCUCCAAAGUAAUUUCUCUUGUCUGCGUAGCUGUUUGGGUUAUCAAUAUUGGCCACUUCAAUGACCCAGUACACGGUGGGUCUUGGUUUCGUGGAGCUAUUUAUUAUUUUAAGAUAGCUGUGGCUUUGGCUGUAGCCGCUAUUCCAGAAGGCCUACCUGCUGUGAUUACCACCUGCCUGGCCCUAGGAACAAGAAGAAUGGCUAAAAAGAAUGCAAUCGUGAGGAGCCUGCCAUCCGUAGAGACACUGGGCUGCACCUCAGUCAUUUGUUCAGACAAGACUGGAACCUUGACCACCAAUCAAAUGUCUGUGUCCAGGAUGUUCGUUGUUGAAAAGAUUGAAGGAAUAAAUUGCAGUCUUCAUGAAUUCAGCAUCACUGGAUCAACCUAUGCCCCAGAAGGUCAAAUCCUAAAAGGAGAUAAACCUAUCGUUUGUGGACUGUAUGAUGGUUUGGUGGAAUUGGCUACAAUCUGUGCCCUGUGUAAUGAUUCCUCCCUGGACUUCAAUGAGUCUAAGGGUGUUUAUGAAAAGGUUGGGGAAGCAACAGAAACUGCUUUAACCUGCCUAGUGGAAAAAAUGAACGUAUUUAAUACAGACUUGAGCAAACUUUCCAAAGUUGAGAGAGCAAAUGCUUGCAAUUCGGUAAUAAAGAAGCUUAUGAAGAAGGAAUGUACUUUAGAGUUCUCGCGGGAUCGCAAAUCUAUGUCAGUGUACUGUACUUCUGUUAAUCCUGCCACGUCUGGUAGCAGAAUGUUUGUCAAGGGUGCUCCAGAAACCGUAAUUGAGCGAUGUAACUAUGUGCGAGUGGGUACAACAAAGCAACCACUGACCCCAUCGGCAAGAGAAAAAAUACUGUCAAAGAUUCGUGAUUGGGGUACUGGUAUGGAUACGCUUAGAUGCCUGGCAUUGGCGACACGAGACUCGCCACCAAAAAUGGAAGACAUGCAGCUGGAGGAUUCUACAAAGUUCAUAAAUUAUGAGACAAAUCUGACCUUUGUUGGAUGCGUUGGAAUGUUGGAUCCACCUCGUAAAGAGGUCACUACAUCAAUUGAGAUGUGUAAGAAAGCUGGCAUUAAGGUCAUCAUGAUAACUGGAGACAAUAAAGGUACGGCAGUGGCGAUCUGCCGGAAGAUUGGUAUCUUUUCAGACUCAGAGGAUAUAACAGACAGAGCAUACACUGGAAGGGAAUUUGAUGAUCUUCCCAUAGAGAAGCAGCGUGAAGCAUGCAGAAGUGCCCGUUGUUUUGCUCGUGUGGAACCAGCUCACAAGUCAAAAAUAGUGGAGUAUUUGCAGUCGUUAAAUGAAAUUACAGCCAUGACAGGUGAUGGGGUGAAUGAUGCCCCAGCAUUGAAGAAAGCUGAGAUUGGCAUUGCUAUGGGCUCAGGUACUGCAGUGGCAAAGUCUGCUGCAGAGAUGGUUCUAUCUGAUGACAACUUCUCUACCAUAGUGUCUGCGGUUGAAGAGGGAAGAGCAAUUUACAACAAUAUGAAGCAGUUCAUUCGCUAUCUUAUCUCUUCCAAUGUUGGAGAGGUUGUCUGCAUCUUCCUGACUGCUAUACUCGGUCUGCCUGAAGCUCUUAUUCCAGUUCAGUUGCUUUGGGUGAACCUUGUCACUGAUGGACUUCCUGCCACUGCUCUGGGAUUCAACCCUCCUGACCUAGACAUCAUGGAUAAACAGCCUCGUAAUUCAAGGGAACCUCUUAUUAGUGGCUGGCUCUUUUUCAGAUAUCUCGCUAUUGGAGUCUAUGUAGGUCUGGCUACAGUUGGAGCUGCGACGUGGUGGUUUUUGUAUGAUGAAGAUGGACCACAAGUUACUUUUUACCAGCUGCGACACUUCAUGAAGUGCACCAGUGAUAAUCCACUAUUUGAAAACAUUGACUGUGAAGUUUUUGAGUCACGUUACCCUACCACCAUGGCCUUGUCUGUGCUGGUAACCAUUGAGAUGUGCAAUGCCCUUAACAGCUUGUCUGAAAAUCAGUCAUUAUUGAGGAUGCCUCCAUGGCUUAACAUCUGGCUUCUUGGUGCUAUCAUCAUGUCAAUGGCUUUACACUUCCUGAUACUCUAUGUGAAACCUAUGCCACUAAUUUUUCAAGUGAUUCCUCUGAACUGCACACAGUGGAUGGUAGUUCUGAAGAUUUCCUUACCUGUUAUCCUGCUUGAUGAAGGGCUCAAAUACAUCUCAAGACAUCAUCUAGAAGGUCUACUCAAGACAGUUGAACAGUCGUGGAAUGGGACAACUCCAGCAAAGCCCUACAGAAAUCAAGACCAUACUGUGAGGAAAAGAUUUCCACAACACUCUGACAACAACAUUUCAAAGUAAAACAAAAAGCUUAUGAGUUUAUACUAAAGUGAAGUCUAUUGCUUGUUGGAAAUUCUGAAUAGGACAGCAGGACUUGCAUAUCUCCCAUCAGACAUAUGCGGAUGAAAUAUAUAUAUAAAACAAAACAAAAAACGGAAAAGAAAAAAAUUAUCUUAUUUGUUUGUAGCUUUUUUUUCUGUACAUACAGGUGCAAUAACUGGACAGCUGAAUUGUGGUUUGGGGAUCUCAAUUAUUACUAAUUGUAAAUGGGUUAUUUAGAUUUUAAUCUACAAGCUCUUGAAAAUCCAGUACCCUUUAAUGUAAAAUGCCCAGGUAACAUGGAAAGAUAUAACUCUCUUAUCUGUGCUGACAGACACAUGAAAUUCCAAAACUAAUGGGUACUCAUUAACAGUGAGAGACUGUUUGUGCUGUAG